UUCUUGAAUCGGUUCUAGGGUUUUGGAUUUCCGGAGAAGUCCAAGAAAGGAAACCGAGGGUAUACUCCCCGUUCCCCAUUUCGAUUACUUCAUCGUGAUUCGUUUCCUUCCCGUUUGAUAUCAGCCUUGCGAAAUGACGGUGGAACGGCUGCUUAAAGAUGAAGCUACCGAGGAGAAAGGAGAUCGAGCGAGAAUGGUGUGCAGUCUCUUUGAUGUUUCUUGGAUCAUACACGAUACUGACACUAGUGUUCCUUUUGGCCUCAUUUGUCGGUGCCAUGGCAAUUGCAGACUUGGUCAAGACAACUUUAGGUCCAAAAGGAAUGGAUAAAAUAUUGCAAUCAACUGGUAGAGGACACAAUGUUACUGUUACUAAUGAUGGUGCAACUAUCUUGAAAUCUCUUCAUAUUGACAAUCCAGCUGCUAAGGUCCUUAUUGAUAUCUCCAAAGUUCAAGAUGACGAGGUUGGUGACGGGACGACUUCUGUUGUUGUUUUGGCUGGAGAGCUUCUGAGAGAGGCUGAAAAACUAGUCAAUAAAAAAAUUCAUCCAAUGACUAUUAUUGCAGGCUACAGACUGGCUGCUGAGUGUGCACGUAAUGCUUUACUGCAGAAGGCCAAGGAUAAUAAACGGGAUCCAGACAAGUUUAAGUCAGAUUUGAUGAAAAUUGCGAUGACAACCCUGAGUUCGAAAAUACUCUCCCAGGACAAGGAACAAUUUGCUAAACUAGCAGUGGAUGCUGUUCUAAGGCUAAAGGGCAGCACAAAUUUGGAGUCUAUCCACAUUCUUAAGAAGGCUGGAGGUUCCCUUAAAGAUUCAUUUCUAGAUGAAGGGUUUAUUCUUGACAAGAAAAUAGGAAUUGGUCAACCAAAACACAUCGAAAAUGCAAAAAUUUUGGUGGCAAACACUGCCAUGGACACUGACAAAGUUAAAAUAUAUGGGGCUCGAGUUCGUGUUGAUUCAAUGGCUAAAGUUGCAGAGAUUGAGGGAGCUGAAAAAGAGAAAAUGAGAGAAAAAGUGCAGAAAAUCAUAGCUCAUGGAGUCAACUGUUUUGUCAAUAGGCAGCUAAUAUACAACUUCCCCGAGGAACUUUUUGCAGAUGCUGGCAUUCUUGCCAUUGAGCAUGCUGACUUUGAAGGGAUUGAGCGUCUAGCCUUGGUAACUGGUGGUGAGAUCGCAUCAACUUUUGAUAACCCGGAGUCUGUAAAGCUUGGACACUGCAAGCUGAUUGAGGAGAUAAUGAUUGGUGAGGACAAGUUGAUUCAUUUUUCUGGGGUUGAAAUGGGUCAGGCAUGUACAAUUGUCCUAAGAGGUGCAAGUUCCCAUGUGCUGGAUGAAGCAGAAAGAUCGUUGCAUGAUGCUCUUUGUGUGCUGUCUCAGACAGUGAAUGACAGUAGGGUCUUGCUUGGGGGUGGAUGGCCUGAGAUGGUGAUGGCAAAAGAGGUAGAUGACCUUGCACGUAAGACUCCAGGGAAAAAAUCUCAUGCCAUUGAAGCUUUCUCACAUGCUCUCCAAGCAAUACCCACAAUCAUUGCUGACAAUGCUGGUGUGGACAGUGCUGAGUUGAUCUCUCAGCUUCGAGCUGAGCAUCACAAUGACACAACUAAUGCAGGAAUUGACAUCAUAUCUGGUGGUGUUGGAGACAUGGAGAAGCUAGGGAUAUCAGAGUCAUUUAAAGUAAAGCAAGGUGUGCUCUUGUCAGCAACCGAGGCAGCUGAGAUGAUAUUGAGGGUUGACGAGAUCAUAACUUGUGCUCCACGAAAAAGAGAGAACAGAAUGUGAUGUUCAUAGGUCACCUUAACCUUUAGCCGAGGCAUGCAAGCAACAUUUUGUUACUUUACAAUGUUCUAACAUAUUAUUAUUUAUUUUCUGAGGGAUGAGUUCUUAUAAAAACAA